AAUCGUUGUGUCGCAGUGAAAGCAGUCCGGGUAAAGUGGGUUAAAGGUCCUUUAGACCGCAGUGACAGCAGGAGCCCUCCAUCGGAUCUCUCAGAGAAAAAGUAGAGCGAAGCGGGAAGUAAAAAUGGCCAAACAGCCGCAGCCGAUCAGCCCAAUGAAGAACUUCUUCGCUGGAGGUUUCGGUGGGGUUUGCCUGGUUGUCGCCGGUCAUCCACUGGACACCAUCAAAGUGCGCCUACAAACUCAGCCUAAACCAAAACCCGGAGAGAGCCUCUUAUAUGCUGGAACCUUGGAUUGUUUUAAAAAGACCUUAGCCAAAGAGGGUGUGAAGGGACUCUAUAAAGGAAUGGCAGCCCCAAUAAUCGGCGUCACGCCCAUGUUUGCCGUCUGUUUCUUUGGGUUCGGACUGGGCAAGAAGCUACAGCAGAGGACGCCUGACGAUAUCCUUACGUAUCCACAGCUGUUUGCUGCUGGGAUGUUAUCGGGCGUUUUCACCACAGCCAUCAUGGCUCCUGGAGAGCGCAUCAAAUGUCUCCUGCAGAUUCAGGCAUCGACAGGAGAGGUGAAGUACGCGGGGCCGAUGGACUGCGUGAAGCAGCUGUACAAAGAGUCUGGGAUCAGAGGAAUCUACAAAGGCACAGCUUUGACCCUCAUGAGAGAUGUCCCAGCGAGCGGCAUGUACUUCAUGUCCUACGAGUGGCUGAAGAACCUCCUCACACCUGCAGGAAAAAGCCACAACGAGCUCAGCAUCCCCAGCGUUCUGUUUGCUGGAGGGAUGGCCGGGAUCUUCAACUGGGCCGUGGCGAUCCCGCCCGACGUCCUCAAGUCUCGCUUCCAAACAGCUCCUGAAGGAAAGUAUCCCAACGGUUUCAGAGACGUCCUGCGGGAACUGGUCCGAGAGGAAGGCAUCGGCUCGCUGUACAAAGGCUUCAACGCCGUCAUGCUCAGAGCUUUCCCUGCAAACGCAGCCUGCUUCCUGGGAUUCGAGUUGGCGAUGAAGUUUCUGAACUGGUUAGCUCCGAACCUGUGACGUCGCCCCGAGGGGUUUCCUCUGGGAACGGCAGGAAUAAUCGCUCUCUGACACAGAGGGAAUCAUGUGAAACGAAGAGAUUUUUAUCAGAUUUCCAGUAAAUUACUUGAUUGUUUUUGUUGGUGCUGCAGAGGAACGGUUCAGACCUGCUGAGGCGUCGGCUGCCGCUUCACACGCAAAAACGGAGACAGUUCGAAUGUUCUCGCUCCUUUAGGUCUCUGUUGUUUUAUUGUUGGUUUGUUUUUUAACUAGAGAGGGAGUGAAACGAACAUGUGGUGCCUUACCUCUUCUUAGCCGCAGGUAGCAGGGGAACGUUUCAGGUGUGUCUUGGUGUCGCCUUCAGUCUGCCACACGUCUCCUUCACUCUGUCAACGUUUCACGCCGUUUGUCUAAUGUGAAGGAAACUGUAAUAAGAGAGAAUGAAUGAAAAUAACAUGUCGGCAUGUAAAGGAACUAUAAAGCAGAUCCAUCUUUAAGGAAA